AUGCCGCAGCUCCGCGCCGCGCUGUUGUGUGAGGGGGCGGCGGCCCCCGAGGGAAGCGCGGAGGCCGUGGCUCGCUUCGCCUCUGGUGAGGCGCGGGCACUCGUGUGCACUGCGGCGGCGGCACGAGGACUCGACUUCCCGCGGUUGCGGCAUGUCUUGCUCUUCGAUAUGCCCAAGGACGUCGCUGGUUUUGUGCACUCCGCGGGUCGCACGGCGCGCCGAGGAAAGGAGGGGCUCGUCACUUGCUUAGUCGAGUCGGGCGCUGAGGUUGGUCGCUUCCGCCAGCUGCACGCGCUCCUACCUGCACGUGCGCUUGAAUUCUCUGCAGCGCCGGCCAGCUGA